AGUGCCCGCAGACGCAUUUCUCUCCAGAGCCCCCUCUCCUCCCUCUUUCACUCUAUCUCACCCUGUCCAACUCUCUUCAUCUUCCUCCUACUCUCUCCUUUACACACGCACACACAUACACACACAUACACACAUACACACGGUAUUGUCAACAAAGCUUGAGAACGAGGGACGUUGGGGGAAUAAAGGUCCACAGAGGAAGAGAGUAACUUGCGGUGAUUUACCUGGACACUCGGAGGCAGCGAGGAGCCGAGGUGACGGUAAACAGAGGCGAGCACACACACACACACACACAUACAUACACACACACACACACACGCCGGACUGGACCUCCUUUCAUUUCCACACAUGUUGGUCUGGACGCUCGUAGCAUGUAUGAGAAGUUAACCAUGCUGAACCUGCAGAGCGGCUCAAACUGGAGCGGCCCUAACAACUGGUACCAUGACCACACCGGCGUUCAGACGCAACACAACUCAGUGUCCGAGGGCUGCAUGCUGGACACAGAGGGCAGCAUGGGGGGAGAAGCAGGAGGAGGAGGAUCGGGCAGAGGAGGAGGAGGAGUCCCUGUGGAGCGGGACGAAGGUGAGGAGUCUCAGCUGAGGCUGCAGCUCAAGAGGAAGCUGCAGAGGAACCGGACCAGCUUCACACAGGAGCAGAUCGAGGCUCUGGAGAAAGAGUUUGAACGGACACAUUACCCAGAUGUUUUUGCCAGGGAGAGACUAGCAAACAAGAUUGAUUUACCUGAGGCCAGGAUACAGGUGUGGUUUUCAAACCGAAGAGCAAAGUGGAGGAGGGAGGAGAAGCUGCGCAACCAACGGAGGUCAGGCAGUGUCACCUCCUGUUCUCAGAGCCAGGCCCCUCUGAGCACCUCCUUCAACACUUCAGUGUAUCAUCAGCAGCACGGCAGCAGCUCAGGGUCCAUGUUGAGUCAGGCUGAGUCGUCUCUGCCCAGCUACAGCUCGCUGUCUGUUUUCUCAUCCGGAGUCCAGUCCAUUCCUCCCCAGUCAGCCUCCUCGUACUCCUGCAUGCUGCCUCCAUCACCUUCUGCUCCGCGCAGCUUUGACUCAUCAGCGUACUCCUCCCCUCACCUGCAGACUCCGCCAACAGCCAACUCCAACACAGGACUCAUAUCACCUGGGGUUUCAGUGCCAGUCCAGGUCCCAGGCACAGAGCCGCAGAGCAUGGGUCAGAACCUGGGCCAGUACUGGGCCAGACUACAGUGAGCUCCAGACAAUUGCUGACUAACAAAAGAAGAGAGGAGGGGAGAGGGCACGUAAAUGUUGUGUCGAGAAAACAAUAUUUGAAGAUGGGUUUUAAGGAAGCACAGGUUUGAGCUGCAGGGGCACCUUGAUGGGUUGAAGACCCCAAAAGUAUUAAAUGUUUACAAACUCAGCCAAGAGCAGCUUUGGUUUCACUUAAUAGUACUCUGGACAUACUGGUAUUGUCUUAGUUUGCACUAAUUCUUUUGAACAGUAAGAUGAUUUUAAGUCUGAAGUGAAGAUUAAGAUAAAUCUGAGGUGAGCUUAAGAUUUAAAGAGUCUGAAUUAGAUGGGAUUUGAUCACAAAAAUCAGAGGAAAAUAGAGAUACAUGCUUAUAUUUAUGUCCACAUCCUUAAACCCUCAAGCUCAACUGAAAACCCCAAAAAGCUGCAAAAAUUUAGAAUUUUCUUUUACCUUUUGGGUGGCUUUAAGGUUCAAAUUAACUUUACAUUCAAGAAAACUUUUGAAAAUUCAUGUUUUUGAAUAAAUAUAUAUCUUGUAAGUUUAUCUAAAAUUUGAUCCUUAAAAACAUCUAAUGCGGUUUUGAAGCAUGAAGUGAAGUGAAGUGAAACUCAACUUUCUGCUGACACACAUUAAGCCAAACUUCAGGAUAUGAAUCACUGCUCUGCCACACAAACUGAGUGAACGCCAGCAGAUGUUGGGUGUACUGUGAAGUGUAACCACAGUGUCCUGUUACUUGAGCAGCUUAAUGAUAUUAACGAUAGCUAACUUUGAUCCCUGAACAUAAGCUGCGGCACGACUGUGAAGAUUUUAGACUCGCUCAUGACAAUCACUUGUACUAAAAUUGUACUGACAAUUUUGAGAUAAAACUUGUAAAUCCUGCCCAUCCCGACUGCACUACGACCACAUAUUUUUGUUCAGACAUCUGUGUUUUAAGAAGGUAACUGCGGACAACAGUCUGAUGUUAUUAAAGGAGAGGACAUGGGCUCCACUCACAAAGCACAGGUUGAAUUUGUCAGAAUCAUGAGAUUGGUGGGUCAACUGUGUCUAAGACGAGGCUACAAUACAUUAACUACAGUAAAGCUAUUUAUUUUCUUUAUAUUUUAUAGAAAUGUGGACAAAUGUUUUAUAAAGUCAAUCAAAAACAGUAACAGCCUCAGAAGGAUGAGUGAAUGAGAAGCUCAGAUUGACCAAUUUCUGUUUUUGUAAAACCACUAAAGACACUUUUUCAUCAGCAAGUGACAAUCAAAAAUCCUUGCAUGCAGAAUAGAAGGAUUAAAAAGCAAACAUUUGUAGGGCUGACAAUCAGACUGGGAGGAAAACGAGCACUGUAUAAAAUGUGAAAUUACUGCAAAUGACCAAAAGAUGGCUCUGCAGACAAUCAGCUACUCACAGAGACGMAUCAGAUGUACAGAGGUUCGUUAUUUGGAGAGUUUUAAAUUCUGCUCACCUUCCUCUUAUUAUUGGUUCUGUUGAUGCAUCUCAUAGAAAACUUUUAUUUAUAUGUCUUUAAAUUUGUUCACGACAGUCGCUUGUGUUGUUUUUGUUGUUGUCAUGUGUUGUGUUAGCACUGCGUAGAUACCAAGAGUCAACCCUUUUGUGAAGGAUUUGGAACCCUUUAGUGAAAAUAAAACUUGUGUGUCUAAAAGCUG